CGAUGGAGUCUUCUACCUCUUUGAUCCCACCUGUGUCAAAUUCUCAUUCUUCUGAGUUCUCAUCUGUUGUUCCUCAUUUGCCUGAUAUUUCUAUUAAGCUAGCUUCGACUAAUUAUCUUUUGUGGAAAGCACAAGUCAUUCCCAUUUUGCGUGGCAAUGGUCUUCUCAGUUAUGUGCAAAAUCAGGAUUCCUGCCCAUCACAAACCAUCACUGGUGAAGAUGGUGUGUCUCGAACCAAUCCAGCAGCAGCUAUGUGGCUGCGCACUGAUCAAUUGAUCCUUGGGUGGAUCAAUAGCUCCUUGUCCGAUGGUCCCCUUUCCCAAGUCAUCAGUAGUGAAACCUCUCAUGAUGCUUGGCAUGUUUUGCAGACUCUUUAUGGUAGUCAUACUCGGGAUCGCCUUCAACAGAUGAAGGGCGAGUUGCAGUCGCUCAACAAAGGCGGUUCUUCUUUAGAAGAUUACCUGCACAAGGCCAAAUCUCUAGCCUUGUCCCUGAGGGGUGCAGGUAAGCCAAUGGAUGACGAUGAGUUCAUCAUAUGUAUUCUUCGAGGCUUAGGAUCUGAGUUUGAUCCUAUAGUGGCAGCCUUAAAUGCUAGAGAUGUUUUUCCACCUCUUGAAGGAGUCAUUGGCAAACUACGUGAUUUUGAAAUACGUCUUCAAGCAACGCGGGUGACUUCUCCUAAUGUUGCAUUCUUCACAAACCGUAGCAGAACCAGUACAAAGUUUCGUGGAACUCAUGGUUCUCGUGGUCGUAAUAUUACACACAACCAGACUAAUUCUCAAUUCCACCAAAAAGAUGCUCGUCUUCCACGCUUCACUAAAGGUAAUCCUGGAACUCGUACUCAAAUAUUUACAAAUCAUGGUGGACACAGCACUGGUCGUGGACGAGGAGGUAUAACCUGUUUCAGAUGUGGAGGUCCAAAUCAUAAAGCUGAUGGAUGUUUUGCCUCUGAUGAGGAAGCAGAACAAUUUAAAGCUUUUGCUGCACUUCAGGUUGCAGAUCCUACAGAAGAAACUUGGUACCCCGACACAGGAGCAAAUAAUCAUAUGACAGCUGAUACAAGUGAGGUGCAAGGUAUUCAUUCUUAUCUUGGCAAUGAUUCUGUUAUGGUUGGAAAUGGAAAUGGAUUACAAAUAUCUGGUAUUGGACAAGUCUCACUACCCGCUACUAAUAUUAAACUCAAUAAUGUUCUUGUUGUCCCUGACAUUAAAAAGAAAUUGCUAUCUGUCUCUCAACUUACAAAGGAGCAUAACUGUUAUUUCAUAUUUUAUUCUUGGGGCUUUCUUUUUAAGGACAUGAGGACGAAACAAGUGCUACUUAAGGGCUACAUGGUUGAUGGCUUGUAUCCAAUCCAGCUAUGACAACAUACAAAAUCUCCAGUUGGCCUAUUAUCAACAAAAGUAUCUAGCAGCUUGUGGCAUGCUCGGCUGGGACAUCCUCAAUCUCGAAUUCUUCAGCUUUUAUGUUUAUCAUCUUUGAAUAAUACUGUUGGUUUUUGUGAAAGUUGUGUCUUGGGUAAAUCAACAAAGUUACCAUUUUGCUCUCGAAAGACAUAUGCUACUACUUUUUUGCACACUCUUCAUACCGAUGUGUGGGGACCUGCCUCAAUUCCAUCCUAUGAUGGAUUUCGAUUUUAUUUAAUCAUCGUCGAUGAAUAUUCUCGAUACAUAUGGCA